AUGACCCCCCACACGUCUCCGCCCGCAGAGCUUCCGACUGAAGGACAGCCAUCGAGGGAGACCCCCGUCGAUGCGGAGAUGGUGCAGCUCCCAAGCAUCGAUGGCCGAGGCACUCUCCGUGGUCCCAGUGAGGACUUGGGGGAUAUACCAGGGCGAGACUGCAAAUGCUUGAUGCGUCUGCAGCUGGUGCCCGGAACCCCAGCGACUCCAGCCAAUGCAAUCUCACAAAGGACCAGCUCAGCUCAUCGCAAUGAUGCGAAUCCUGUUCUUCUCGACCUCCUUGAAGUAUUCUUCCAACAUGAAUAUCCACUCCCCUCCUAUUCCUUUCUUCACCCGGCCACGACAAAGGAGAAAUGCCGUACAGGGGUCCUUGAAUCGUGCCUCGCGCUUGCAAUUGCCGGCGUUGCCAUCCUACAUACAUCUAUGCGAACAAAUGACACCAAACACCACGACGGCAACGGUGACAAUAUCUCAGAUUAUGAAGGCGACUUGGCUUCCUGCUACUGUCGCGGGCAGACCUCUGUCCGGGCUGCCGAUCAGAUCAUCUGGUCAUACAUCGAAUCUCCUACCGUCGCACGUCUGCAGGCUCUGCUGCUUUCCAUCAAUUAUUGUAUGCACACGGGGCAAUUCCAGCGAGCAUUUAUGUUGGCUGCAUUGGCGUCACGGUUCGCGGCUGCGAUGAGACUCAACCAUGAAAAACCUGACCUGGACUUUGUGGCCCGAGAGACGCGAAGGAGGAUUGUAUGGAGCUUGAAGCUGAUCGAGCGCUAUUUUAGCAUCGGUCUGCCCGAGUUCGAGCUCUGUCCUUUCGAAAGUAUAUACGUCAAACUCCCAUGCUCCGAGGAAGACUUCGUCCACGGGUCACGCCAGGCGUCCCCUUCUAUGAACAAUUACGCAUCGCAAACAACAGACAGCGAUUAUGGGGCAUAUAAUCUGUGCGUGAACCUCGAGUCCUUUCGCCGAGACAUCAUGAAAUUUUCGCGGAGGAUCGCGCUCUGUGACUCGGCUUUGCCGCAAUUUCCCUCGAUGAUUCGGUCUUUCGAGCAAUCCCUCUCCAGUAUUGGAACCAAGAUGCCGCAUGGCCCUGAGCUAUCGUUCAUCCAGAUUAGCACACUCUUGGACUCACGGUGGCUGCCAAGGCAUGUAGCUUUGCAACUAAGCUGGCACCAGUGCCACUGUGAUCUGUAUCGACUCCUGCUACCUGGCUAUCAGGAAGCAGCGCCGAAGCCUGUUCUGGCUAGUUUCCUGUAUCAAGGAGAUGCCAAUCAAGAACAAAUCAUGGACGACCUCGUGUUUGAAGCGGAACGUCUGUGCUUGCACCACGCCUCUGCCAUAAUCUCGCUCCUCACAUCACUGAAUCAGUUGUCCACGCGCCCACAUCUACUCGAGUUUGACGCGACGAUAUGCGCCUACCAUGCGACACGCCUACUUCUUUUCAUCUCGAGAUUCGGGAAGGACAGAAAGAAUCGGCCCACGGCGGAGUUCGCGGCAAGCAGGGUUGACCUGUGCGUCGCAGCGCUUAGGAGGUUCUUUCCCAGGAGCAAACUCGUGAGCCCAAUCUUGAGCGAAAUGGAGAGAUCCAUGGGGAAAUGGGGACUCUCAUCUUCGUCCGCUGUCGUAGUAGAACCACAGCGGGAGCGGGUAGAUGUCGUGAAUGAUGAGUUGACCAGGAUGCCUUCACCGGGGCGGCCCGGACGGCCUGGGAGACGGGAGAGCAGUACAGAGUUACACAGAGUGCUGCCGGGGGAAGUGGCGACACAAAGGCUGGCGGUUCAUAGUCUGCUACGACAAGCCGAGUUCGCGGAUGAGCCUGACAGGUUUGCUGCUGACAGACUCGCAUUACCUCCUCGGCCAAGCACGACUGCGAUAACGGAACCCGUGGACAUAAUCGAGACGCAGCAGCCAACAGGAGCGAACCAGCCCCCUAUCAAUCUUACUACUGGCAGUCAAACCCAAUCCCGGCCCGAGAUUGCGGCACUCUCGCCAGCAUGGGCACCACAAUUUGUACAGGAUAGUGAAGCUAAUCCCUUAGCUGGUAUCCAAUACAGCAACCACGAAAGCACUGGGAUGUCGGAAGAAUGGGAGUUCAACUCGUUCAUGCCAAUGCAGGCGUGGGAUAUGCAAAUGCCAUUUUGUUCAUGGCUUGGAUCCGAGGAUCAGGAUUUAUUCUCGGGGUAG